GAUUGUGAAACGUUCUGGUUGUAUACAGAUAUGUCUUUGCCGGAUGCGUGGCUGGCCAUGCGCUACGUGACUUACUCGCUGUGCGAACUGCAGCGUUGGAUCUGCUUGGCACUCCUUUGCUGUCCCAAAGCCCUCGCAACUGAAAAUUCACCAGCAUUACUUCUUCUAAAGUCGGUUUUAAAAGACACGUGGGUUGUACAGUUGUGUCCCAACGAAGUUCUAUACAUCCAUGGGGAGUUUGAAAACGCAGCCAAGCUUUCCAAAGAAAAGGAGUUGCACAAAAUAGUCGAGGAGCAAGCCGCCGCUCUCCCUGCUCAAGCUGUUUCCUUUCACUAUCAAAGGCGUGUUUGUGUGGGUCAUUAUCUACAGCAGACUAUUAAUAUUAUUAACGACCAACCAGGGAUACUCGGGCCCAAACUUCCAACUAUCCUCCUCACUUUAUCUCUAGCUAAGAAUGAGAUUUUUUGGUUUCUAAUUCACAUGAAAAGACCUUUAAAGAAUAUGAGGUAUAAGGAAGGUGAUUGGACGGACCCUCUAUUCGCAUCUUUUCUUUUUUUUACUGAAAAGUUGAUUGGAAUGCUUGUGGAACACGAGAUGAUAGUUAGAAGAUAUUAUCUUGAAUUUCUCAUUAAUUUUGAUGGACCGAAGUUAACGUCUCUUGUUGAAAAGUUUGGAAAUAUUUCUUCAGUGGAGUUGAGGCUGCUUAACGCCUUUUGCCGGCGCUUGUCCCAGUUAAGUGAUUGCGGCCCCACUAAACAACUGGGCUAUGAAGGUUGGCAGUUGGACCACUUACGAUUUCAGGGACUACCAAUAACUUUCUUUUGUUAUAUAAUAAGUCUAACUGAACCAAUCAGGUCCUUUUGGCGGAAUCCUCUUGCCCAACCGAAAUUGUUGAAGAUAAAGAACUACUAA